AUGUCACUAGCUAUGACUCCCAAUACUAUCGCCUCUUCAUCGAUGAAUAAUGAUGUUGAGAAUCAUUGGGAAACAGUGUACCAGAAGAAGGCACCUGAUGCAGUGAGUUGGUAUCGUCCACAUCUUGAAACAUCGUUGCGAUUUAUUGAACGAGCAAUUCAAGGCCAAGACUUGUCUAUUAUUGAAGUGGGUGGUGGUCAAUCAACUCUGGUCGAUGAUCUGCUUACACGGGGAUACCAGAAUGUUAGCGUUCUUGAUAUCUCGAAAACCGCGAUCAAUGGUACCCAAGGUCGGCUUGGCAAAGCGGCAUCGAAGGUAAAGUGGCUUAUAGCUGACAUAACACAAGUAACAUUCCCAGAAAAUUAUUAUGACGUUUGGCAUGAUCGAGCAGUAUUUCAUUUUCUGACUACCCCUGAAAAACGUGCAGCCUAUGUGAGGCAACUGACCCUCGCCACGAAAUUAGGUGGCCAUGUGAUUAUAUCUACAUUUGGGCUGCAAGGGCCGGAGAAGUGCAGCGGUCUUGAAGUGGUUAGGUAUGACGUUGAAUCGCUAUGCAAGCAAGUUGGAGAACAAUUCCAAUUAAUUGAAAGUGUUACUGAAAUUCACCAAACACCAUUCGGCACAACGCAACAAUUCCUGUAUUGUUAUUUCAAGGAACCUCCUGUCAUUAUAGAAUAUGCUGAGAAACGUAUCAAGGUUGCCUUUUUUUAA